AUGUGGCGAAUGUUGCUAAACAGUGAAGGAGUUUUGGAUGAGGAGUUUACUACAUUAAAAAAAAAUGAUUUUGCAUUAGGGUAUAUGGACCAUAAUCAAGAACAUAAUUUGAUGCGUUACGGGUACAAAACAAUCUGUUUUGAUGGUACACAUGGUACAAAUCCUAAUGACUUCAUUUUACACACAAUUCUGGUAACAGAUGUUGACUGUGGAGGCUAUCCAGUUGCUUUCUUGUUGUCUAAUAGAAAUGAUGAAGUAUUUAUGAAACAAAAACUCUUUUGUACAUGGCACGUACAUAAAGCAUGGCGAAAAAAUUUUUUGAAAAUAAAUAAUAAAAAAAAACGUGUAACUGUUCGUAAAAUACUUUAUGAUUUAUCAACAGAAUUGGAUGAAGAGGAAUUUAAGAACAAACUAUAUACAUUCCUUUCAAAUAAUGAUGAAGACUUACAAAAUUUCUUGGACUAUUUUUUUAAAUAUUAUAGCCAAAAUCCUCAAUAUUGGGCUUACUGUGACAGGCAAUAUGCUGGAUGUAAUACCAACAUGGACUUAGAGAGUUUUCAUAGAGUAUUGAAAGAAAAGAUUAUUUGCAGAUUGAAAGUUACAAUUGUCUACAACUGUUUGUGUUAUUUGGAAAAAUAUUUAACCAUGAAGGAUAAUGAUAUACAAAAGAAACAAAUACGAACUAAACGUACAAAUAAAUUGAAAGUUCUUCGAAUAAACCAUAAAAAGAUCGAAAUUGAACCAAAAUGUUCUAUUAAACCUCUUAGCUUCAAUUCCUGGCAUAUAGAAUCAUUUACAGAUGAAAAAUAUACACUCUGCCCUGAUCACAGUAUAAGAAAUAACAUGUGUAAACACAUUCAUGCGGUCUGUAUGUACAAUCUCAAUAAUGAACAAAACAUACAUUUAGAUAAGGAUAAAGGUAAAAAUAAUACUGAGAUCGCACAAGACCAACAGCCAAUAGAAAAUAUGUACCAAAAUCAAGUAGAACACUUAGAGAGUGCUCGCCAAACACACCAGGUUGAUGAUAUUUUAUUGGAUCAUUUGAGGAACAAGAUAUUAAAAGAGAUUGAACAGUCCUUGCAAAAUGUAAAAACAAAAGAUCAACUCCAGCAGAUCAAUAGAAAAUUAAUUGCACCAAUACACGCAUUCGUUUCUGCUUCCAAUGUUGAAACUGUUCCUCUUACAAAAAACAAAUCGAAAAGAGGAAAAAUGGCACUAAAAAAAAGGAUUUUUGAUAAAAACAAUUUUUGA